AUGCGGGGCGGUGCCUUGGUCGCUGCUUGUCCACGUGGGCCCGAAAGGCAGCUUAGGAGCAAUAGCGCCCGCCGGGCACGGCGCAACCGCCGCCGUGGCGGAUGGGACGCCGAGGAGCCGGCGCCGGACAAUGCAGCACAGAUGGCGUUGGUGCCCUCCCGACCUGCCCUGCCACCUGGCCAGACCGGCCGACCAGCUGGCAUGCACGGCCCGGUGCCGGUGAACCGUUUCGGCAUCGCAGAGGCUACGCCAGAGGCGCUGGCCGCAGCCGUGUUCCGAGCACAGCAAGUGGAGAAGGCAGGCCUCGAGGCCAUGCGCGACAGCGGAAAGAUCCCUCGAGGGCCGCCAGAUCUCCCCACCGGUACUGAAGUCAUCGAGCAGAAAUGCGUGGCGUACCUCAUCGGCAAGGGAGGUCAGGCAUUGGCGGCCAUCAACGCAGCCGCGGGCGUCUCCACGCAGAUCGAUCAGUCCACGAAGCAGUUCGGCUACAGCAUGGCAAACAUCUACGGCACCGAGGAGGGCACUGCCAAGGCGAAGCUGAUCCUCCGGCAGAAAAUCUCAGAAUACCGGCCACUGAGAGGAUGA